AUGGUGGGACUCAAAGUGGCUGUAGCGGCUGCGGCCUGUGUUGUGUCUACAGCUGCUGUGGACAUUACUGUCAAAGCUUCUGGUGGCAACUCAACAAUUCAUAAAGGUCAACCCUAUGGCUAUGGCUUUUUACAUGAGGAUAUCAACAACAGCGGCGACGGCGGAAUCUACGCCGAACUAAUCCGUGACCGAGCCUUCCAAUUCAGCGAAGCGUUCCCAGUCAACGAGACUCUCAAUGCCUACUAUCCGAUCAACGGUGCAGGCUUGAGCGUCGUGUUCCCGGAACAGCCACUGUCCGAAGCACUUCCCGCCAAUCUACGCGUGACUGGUGGCAACAGCACUGGUAAGAUUGGUUUCGAGAAUGAAGGGUAUUGGGGCAUGGAUGUCAAGCAACAGACUUAUACUGGAUCUUUCUGGGUCAGGGGUGCUUAUAAUGGUACUUUUACUGCUUCGCUGCAGUCGAAUUUGACGGAUGAUGUGUUUGGAUCUGUUGAGAUUCCGUCGAAGGCGGUCGCUGAUGAUUGGGUUGAGCAUGAGUUUGAGCUUGUUCCGGAGAGGGAUGCCCCGAACUCGAACAAUACGUUUGCUGUUACUUUUGAUCCCGCAAGCGCUGCAGGAGGAUCUCUUGAGUUUAACUUGAUCAGCUUGUUCCCACCGACCUACAAGGGCCGCAAGAAUGGUCUCCGAAUCGACAUUGCUGAGGCUCUGGCUGAGCUGAACCCAACUUUCCUGAGAUUCCCAGGUGGCAACAUGCUGGAAGGUCUCACAAACACGACCUACUGGGACUGGAAGGAUACUCUCGGCCCACUGCGCGAGCGACCCGGCUUCCAAGGUGUCUGGGAAUACCAGCAGACCCAUGGUCUGGGUAUCAUGGAAUACCUCUACUGGGCUGAAGACAUGGGUCUUGAGGCGGUUAUUGGUGUGUGGGCAGGCCUAGCUCUCAACGGCGACGUGACUCCAGAAGAGGAACUUCAGCCCUUCAUCGACGACGCUCUCAACCAAAUCGAAUUCAUCCGCGGCCCAGCAAACAGCACCUGGGGCGCACGCCGCGCUGAGCUCGGACACCCAGAGCCCUUUGAACUCAACUACGUAGAAGUCGGCAAUGAGGACUGGCUCGCUGGCUUUCCUGGAGGCUGGUACUCCUACAAGGCCUACCGCCUCCCACUCUUCUACGAAGCCAUUACGAAAGCGUACCCAGACAUCCAAGUCAUCUCCUCCUCCGCCUCCUCCGAUCCCGCCCCGGAAGGCGAGACAACAGGCCCGAACCCGAACGUUACAGAACGCCUCAACUUCAACAACACACCCGGCGUCAUCGGCGACUACCACCCAUACCGCGAACCAGACGAACUCGUAAUCGAAUUCGACCGCUUCGACAACGAUAUCGGCCACAUUAUCGGCGAAGUCGCCGCAACGCACGUCAACGACGCUCCGCCUCCACGCUGGGAUUUUGGGCUGUACAAGUUCCCCUGGUGGAUUGGAUCCGUUGGCGAAGCUGUCUCCCUUAUCGGCUACGAGCGCAACGCCGAUCGCAUUCCGGGGACAUUCUACGCCCCGGUGCUGAGGAAUAUGAAUAGAUGGCAGUGGGCCAUUACCAUCCUCCAGUUCGCGGCUGACCCGGCCCUUACCACUCGCUCGACGUCCUGGUAUAUCUGGUCCCUGUUCGCGCAUCACCCCAUUACCGAGACGCUCCCGACUGUCGGAACGUAUGGGCCCGUCUACUGGGGCGCCGGCAAGGACUCUAACCGCAACGAUGCGCUGGUGUGGAAGGGAGCUGUCUAUAACACCACUGAUGGCGAAGCCGUUCCUAUCGCUAUUGCAUUCGAGGGCGUCCAAGCAGGCACAAAAGCCAAUCUAACGGUCCUCACUAACCCAGGAGGCGAUCCUUAUGCCGUCAACGAUCCUUUCACGGGUGUGAAUAUCGUGAACACAACGAGCACGAUUGUGGAGGCGGGUGAGGGAGGAGUGUUUGAGUUUGAACUGCCGGAGUUGAGUGUAGCUGUCUUGGAUACGGAAGUGAGUGGAGGUGGUGGUGGUGGUGGUGGUGGAGGGAAUGGAACGUCGCCGCCGACGUAUGCACCGCCUGCUUAUGGUGGAGGGGGGGAGGAAGUAUAG